UUACUCCAAAAAGACCAAGUCAUUGUUAGACUCAUUCUCCAAUCCCUUCUUUUCUCAUUCCUCACCCAACAAUCACAUACUAAUAUCUAGCUUCUCUAACAAUUGCAUCUUGAAACCAAACCAUUAACAACAUUAACAAUAUGAAGAAAAAACCACUGUUCUCCCUUUGUCUUCUCAUCAUCUUAUUCUAUUUACACACCUACCCUUCACUUUCUGCUUUGACCAGCAUCUCAUCAAACCAAUCUCUUUCUGGUGAUCAAACUCUUGUCUCCAAUGAUGGAAACUUUGAAUUGGGUUUCUUCAAUAAAGGUAAUUCCUCUAAGAACUACAUAGGCAUGUGGUACAGAAAUAUAUCACCAAAGACAUAUGUUUGGGUAGCAAAUAGAGAUGAUCCAGUUUCUGAUAAAAAUUCUUCCAAGUUUACUAUAUCUGAUGGUAAUUUAGUUCUCUUGGAUCAGUCUCAAAAUCUAGUUUGGUCAACAAAUUUGAGUUCUCCUAGUUCAAAUUCUGUAGUUGCUGUUCUUUUAGAUGGUGGUAAUCUUAUAUUAAGUAAUAGGCUUAAUGCGUCGGUAACAGACGCUCUUUGGCAGAGUUUUGAUUUUCCAUCAGAUACAUGGCUUCCUGGUGGAAAAAUUAAACUUGAUCAUAUAACAAAGAAGCCUCAAUAUCUCACUGCUUGGAAGAACAGUGAAGAUCCAGCAACAGGUUUAUUCUCUCUUGAACUAGACCCUAAUGGAACCGAUUCAUAUUUGAUUCUUUGGAAUAAAACUCAACAGUAUUGGACAAGUGGUCCUUGGAAUGGACAAAUAUUCAGUUUGGUUCCUGAAAUGAGGUCAAACUAUGCCUUUAAUUUCAGUUUCGUGACUAAUGAGAAUGAGAGCUACUUCACAUAUUCUAUGUACAACAAUGAUACUAUAUCUCGUUUCGUGAUGGAUAUCUCGGGGCAGAUCAAGCAACUUACCUGGCUGGAAAGUACUCAGCAGUGGAAUUUGUUUUGGUCACAGCCAAGAGGACAGUGUGAGGUUUAUGCUUUCUGUGGUGCAUUUGGUAGCUGUAAUCAGAACUCAAAGCCAUACUGCAAUUGUUUGUAUGGUUAUGAACCAAAGUCACAAUCUGAUUGGGUUCUUGAAGAUUACUCACAUGGGUGUGUGAAAACAAACAAGUUUCAAUGUGAGGUAUCUUCAAAUCCUUCUACUGGUGACAAGGAUAGGUUCUUAACCGAACUCAAUUUGGCUUUGCCGGAACAUGCACAACCUGUUGUGGAAGCUGGUGUAAGUGAGGAUUGUGAGUCAAAAUGUCUGAACAACUGUUCCUGCACUGCAUAUGCUUAUAACAGUAGUGGUUGUUUCAUUUGGAUCGGAGAACUCUUGAAUCUGCAACAGCUUUCUCAGGAUGAUAGUAAUGGACAGACAUUGUUUCUCAAACUUGCAGCAUCUGAGUUUCAUGAUUCUAAAAGCAACAAAGGAACAACUAUUGGUAUUGUUGCUGGUGCUGUUGGUGGUAUAGGGGUUCUCCUUGUUCUUGUUCUAAUUGUUGUGAUUAGGCGAAAGAGACUAGCUGGAGCAAGAACUUCUGUGGAGGGCUCAUUGAUAGCAUUUGCAUACAGAGAUUUGCAAAAUGCCACAAAGAAUUUCUCAGAUAGACUCGGAGGAGGAGGUUUUGGUUCUGUCUUCAAAGGAACAUUACCUGAUUCAAGUGUCAUAGCAGUGAAGAAACUUGAAAGCAUUAGCCAAGGCGAGAAGCAGUUUCGAACAGAAGUUAGUACUAUUGGGACUGUCCAACAUGUCAACCUUGUUAGGCUUCGUGGUUUCUGUUCCGAAGGUGACAAAAGGCUUCUGGUUUAUGAUUACAUGCCAAAUGGGUCUUUGGAUUCACAUCUGUUUCAGAACUCCAAGGUAUUGGAGUGGAAAGUAAGAUACCAAAUUGCUCUGGGAAUAGCUAGGGGAUUGACAUAUCUUCAUGAAAAGUGUAGAGACUGUAUCAUUCACUGCGACGUGAAGCCAGAAAACAUUCUCAUAGAUUCUGAUUUUUGUCCAAAAGUUGCAGACUUCGGCCUUGCAAAGCUUGUCGGAAGGGACUUCAGCCGGGUCCUCACUACCAUGAGAGGAACAAGAGGCUAUCUAGCUCCAGAGUGGAUUUCAGGAGUUGCUAUAACCGCUAAAGCCGAUGUUUACAGCUACGGAAUGAUGCUUUUCGAGCUAGUGUCAGGUAGAAGAAACUCCGAUCCUUCUGAAGAUGGCCAUGUUAGAUUCUUUCCUACCUUAGCUGCAAACCUAGUACACCAAGGUGGGAAUGUGAUUAGCUUAUUGGACUCUAGGUUGGAGGGAGAUGCUGAUGCUGAAGAGAUCACUAAAGUCAUCAAAAUUGCUUCUUGGUGUGUUCAAGAUGAUGAAGCUCAUAGGCCAUCGAUGGGUCAGGUAGUUCAAAUCCUCGAAGGUGUUCUGGACGUUUCUUUGCCUCCAAUUCCUAGAUCCCUUCAAGCUUUUGUUGACGACCACGAGGACAUUGUUUUCUUCACUGAUUCAAGCUCCACUCAUAGCUCACAAGUGAAGAGCAAUGUCUCAACAGCCUCCUCUCAAGCCAAAAACAACAUCUCAUCUACUAGCACCUAGUCUUUGAGACAAAAUUUGCUGGACACGUUUUAGUGGUUUCUCUCAAUUGCUUGUGUUACAAUAAGUUGUGCCAUAGUUUUGAUUUUGAGGUAUUUAAUUGUAAUUUUUAUGGUUUCUUUAGAGGAGCUAUUGAAAAGAUUGCUUGUAUAUUCAUCCUAAAUAAUGUUAAAUGAAAAUUCAUAUAAUUUGCGUGCUAGUGCUUCAUUGCGAUAUUGUAUCAGACAAAACACCUAUGUUAGGUGCAUGAA